CAGCCAAGUGAGGACAAAUACUUUUGCCAUGCUCAUGGAGUCAAAGAGAACGAAGCGUUUCAUGGAUUUUGUUUUAGGUUUAUAAGGUUAUAAAGGAAUUAUAGACAUGGCUGCCUGGAGUUCGAUGGGAAUACUAACUCUAAAGUGUGCUGCAAGAACACAGUCAACUAAAAUUAAUGUAGCGUUAGCAGUACAGAAAUGUUUGAUGAGUGGUGGCCAUGGCCCUCGUUUAAUGCCACUCACACCAUCCCGGUGGCAGUGGCACAAGUUCAAAGACAUGGCUCAUUACUAUUUUAUGAUUGGCCUCAUACCUGUUGGCCUUGUCGUCUUCUGUGCUAAUGUAUUCAUUGGGCCCGCCAAACUAGCUGAAAUUCCAGAAGGCUAUGAACCUAAACACUGGGAAUAUCAUAGGCAUCCAAUUACACGUUUCUUAGCACGUUACAUUUUGGCAAGUCCUCAGCAGGAAUACGAAAAAUUCCUGCAUCAGCUGUAUGAAGAGGAUGAGAAAGCAAAGAUAAGAGGCCUUGAGAAGAAAAUCCGUUUGAAGAUGUCUGAGCGACAUGAUUACCAGGGCUACUACACUCGUCCAUUUGAUGCAAAAUAUCACCGGGUAUCCAAAGAAGCUGCUGAUUACCUUCGUUCUAUUCGUGGAGAUUAAGUGGAGAUCACUGUUGUUUUUAUAGAAACUUAAAGUUUUAGACUGUAUAGCUUUAUAACUAAUGAAAUAAAGUAUUUAAAAAGUAAUUUA